CAACAGUAAAUUUGAUUUGAGUUAAAAUUGAAAUUAAAAAUGAAGGCAACAUCAAUUGAAGCUGGAGAAGCAUCAAAAGCCAAAGUUCAUGGAGUUAACAGAGGAAUCUCAGUAUUUGAUCUCAUUUUACGUAUUGCUGCACUUGUUGGAACCUUAGGAAGUGCUGUUGCAAUGGGUACUGCAGAUCAAGCACUUUCCUUUAGUACACAGAUUGUAAAUUUUGAGGCUCAAUAUGAUGAUAUCGACGCGUUUAAGUUUUUUGUUACUGUGAAUGCUAUAGCUUGUGGAUAUCUUGCUCUUUCUAUUUCUGUUUCUAUCUUUCACAUUAUUAGAAGAAGAGCAGGAAAGAGCAGAGUUUUGCUCAUCUUUUUAGACGCGAUAAUGCUGGUUUUUAUCACAUCUGGAGCAUCAGCAGCAGCCGCGAUUGUGUAUUUAGCACAUAAUGGGAAUACUUCAACUAACUGGUUUUCUAUAUGUCAACAGUAUACAGAUUUCUGCCAGCGUUCUGCUGGAUCGCUCAUUGGAUCUUUUGGUGCAAUGGCGUUGCUGGUUCUCCUUAUUAUUUUGUCAGCUAUCGCGUUAUCCAGGCGCUAAAUUGUUAAAAAAACUGGCUACACUUGCAAUUGCUAGCCUUUGUGUUUCUGUUUGUGUGUAUUGUGUUUUGAAUUUUCAUUAGUUGCUUUUCAUUGUAUUUUUCACAACAUGAAACUUGUAUCUAGAUUGCCAUUUAUCCACAUGAAUAUUCAAAAAUGAAAAGAUUUCCUGUUUUCUGUUA